GGCAUCACCUCAAUGAUGUCGAGUGAGGAAAUGUUAGACAUUGCUGAGGAGAACCUGCAGGAGCAUAUUGAAAUUGAAAAAGAAGAGGAAGAGAUUAAAAGUCUUAUCAAGCCUUUGCAGAUCUGGAUCACCACUGCAUCAGCUUCAAUCUGUUAUCAGCUGAUCCCUCUGCUGGCCAAUGGAGAAGUGUUUGGGAUGACGACAGAAAUCAGUAUCCAUUUGCUUGACACUGACCAGUUUAAGGACAUUCUUUGCGGUAUUGUAAUGGAAGCUGAAGACAUGGCGUUCCCACUCCUCCACAGUAUUUCAGCGCACACUGAAAUAGAUGAGGCUUUUAUUCAAGCUGAUAUUAUCAUUGUUCUUGAUGAUGUCGUCUUAAACCAUGAAGUCCAAUCCCUUGAGAACUACAUCAGAGAAGUGAGUGAGAUCUGUCAAGUGUAUGCUCCCCUGAUUGAGAAGAAUGCCAAGAGUGGGGUCAGAGUAAUUUCAUCAGGAAAAACCUUUGUAAACCUUAAGGCGAUGAUGAUUAUGACAUAUGGCAAGUCCAUUAAGCCUGAAAAUGUCAUUGCCGUUGCAACAUCCUGGGAAAGUGCAGCUAAAGCCAUGCUGGCCAGGAAGCUGAGUAUGAAUGCAACAGGAGUUAAAGACGUGAUUGUUUGGGGCAAUAUUACUGGCUGUAACUACAUUGAUUUGUCACAUGCAAAACUUUAUGGAUAUGACUGUGCUAUCUGGGGCCCAGCUAAUUUUCCACGUCCUUUGUUGAAUAUGAUUUAUGAUAGCGAAUGGAUCCAUUCAGAAUUUCUAUCUGCACAGAGUUCACUGAGUUCCCGGGUCUGUCAUUGUGUGGGAAUGUUACCUGCUCACGCAGUAGCCACUGUACUGAGAUACUGGUAUCACGGCUCUCCUCCUGGAGAGAUCGUUUCUGUGGGAAUACUUACUAAAGGUCAAUUUUGCGUUCCUGAAGGGAUUGUCUUCUCUAUGCCAGUGAGGUUCCAGAAUGGUAACUGGGAAGUCAUGACAGAAUUAGAAAUUAAUGAAGCGACCCAAGAAGUUCUGGGACGCUUAGCCCAUGAGCUGAUUCAGGAAAAGCUCAUUGCACUAAAGGAAAUAAAAGAAAUGCAUCCAUAUGGAGCUGAUAAAAUCACUAGUAAAAAAUAUUUGUGUCAAGAGAUGGAAACCUUGCCUACUGGCUCACUUUAGCCAGAGUUGUCUGGAGGAGAAAAUUCCCAUAUUAAACCAACAUUUCCAUUGCUC